GCCCCGGAGUAGGCGGAGCGCGUCAGCCGCAGGGAGAGGCCCGGCAAGCCCCGCUCCUCGCCGCUUCCCUUCGCCGGCGCUUUCUUCUCAGCGCCGCCUCUUUCCUCUGCCAAGUGGAAGUAGACGCGGGGGCGGGGGCAAAGGCAAAGCCGCAGUCGCACCGGGCCGCUGGAGGAGACGGAAGAGCGCUGCCGAAGAGACAGUGCAAUGGCGGCCUUCGGUGGCGGCGGCGGCGGCGGCAGCCGUCGAACGGAUAAUGGCUACGGGAUCAGUGGGCAGCAGCAGGCGAGCUCCCGGCGGCGGAAAGGCCCCGGAGCCUUGGCCACGGCCUACCUGGUCAUUUACAACGUGGUCAUGACAGCCGGGUGGCUUGUUAUAGCAGUUGGUUUAGUCAGAGCAUACCUCACCAAGGGUAGCUACCACAAUCUUUAUUAUUCAAUAGAAAAACCUUUGAAGUUCUUCCAAACUGGAGCUUUGGUUGAGAUUCUGCAUUGCGCAAUAGGAAUUGUUCCCUCUUCUGUUGUGCUAACUACUUUCCAGGUGAUGUCAAGAGUUUUUCUGACAUGGGCUGUAACACAUAGUGUAAAAGAGGUACAAAAUGAAGACUGCAUCCUCCUUUUUGUUGUUGCCUGGACAAUCACAGAGAUCAUCCGUUAUUCCUUUUAUACUUUCAACUUAUUGAACCACCUUCCUUACUUCAUCAAAUGGGCCAGGUACACGUUGUUCUUCGUACUGUAUCCAAUGGGAGUUUUAGGAGAAUUGCUCACAAUAUAUGCUGCUCUGCCCUAUGUCAGACGGUCCGACUUGUUUUCAAUUAGUUUACCUAACAAAUACAAUUUCUCCUUUGACUACUAUACAUUCCUGAUCUUGACUAUGCUAUCUUAUAUUCCACUCUUCCCUCAGCUGUAUUUUCAUAUGAUACAUCAGAGAAGAAAAGUACUUUCCCUUCCUGAAGAACACAAGAAAUCCGAGUAAUCACAGCUUUUGUUCACAGCUGUACAUAUAGAUACACAUGUUUCAAAUGUUUAUAAAUAAUACAGAGUAUUAAAAUGAGUUUUCAAAACAAAAAAGUUUGAUAACCUACUAAGGAUAUCUUUCCACACUGAUAUUUAUUUUAAUUUUUAAAACAUUGCUCUGUGAAACUGCAUUUUUGGCAUGUCUCAUUACAGUGAAACACUUAUUCUUUUAUUUUACCUUUUAAUUUAUUUAUUAAAAACUUGCAUUAUAAUGUCCUUAUAUUGAUGGUAUGAGUGAUAACAAUAAUUGUGGUGCCUGAAUUAGGAUUCUUUUA